CCUUUUCUCUCUCAACUCUGUUUAGUGCAUCCCUCCAACAGGAAAAUAAACAAAAAUGGGGGCUCUCGAUUAUAUUUCAAACUUCUGCACCGUCUCCGAAGGAAGGAGCAAACGCAAGCCAAUGCAGACAGUUGAAAUCAAGGUUAAAAUGGAUUGUGAUGGGUGUGAAAGAAGAGUCAGAAAAGCUGUUACAAACAUGAAAGGUGUAAAAAGUGUUGAAGUGGUACGGAAACAGAGCCGGGUAACGGUGACCGGAAACGUGGAUCCGAACACGGUGUUGAAGAGGGUGAAGAGCACGGGGAAGAGGGCAGAGUUCUGGCCUUACAUACCGCAGCAUGUGGCAUUGUAUCCGUACGCAACGGGGGCGUAUGACAAAAGGGCACCGGCGGGAUAUAUAAGGAACGUGGUGCAAGCUUAUCCGGCUCCUUCUUCCAACGCUCCCGAAGAGAAGUUCGCUUCCUUCUUCAGCGACGACAACGUCCAUGCAUGUUCCAUCAUGUAGCAUCAAUUAUGAAUUUUGAUGCUGGAUUUUUUACCAUGUAUAACAGUUCAUU